CUCAUCCUCUUCGCAUUUUCAAACCUGAGCUUUUCUUCUUCUUCUUCUUCCAAAUAACUUCCACUUUUGGUUAUGGCUACACCAAAUGAAGUGAUGACACUUGAGUCUAUUGAGAAGCAUCUCUUUGGCGAAAAUUCUCCUGUCGGAAGUUGCUUUAAUUCUCUUUUGAGUUUUGCAGCAACUCCAUGGAUGAGUGAAGCGAAGCCUGGAGUUUCAGUUUCGAGCUCUGCCUAUUCACAAACUUCCAGCUCCGGAUCUUCCUUGACGGCGGCUUCUAAAUUCCAGUGCUUAGAUGAAACCGCUGAUUUCUUCCACUUGCCCCAAAAUCUUGCUGAAAGUGGAAGCGAUCUCUUCGAGUUUGAAUCUAAGCCUCAAAUAAUCGAUCUAACAACCCCGAAAGCCACCAAUUCUAACGAACAACUCCUGGAAUUUGAGUUCCAACCUUGUGUAUCGAACAAUUCUUUUGAUUUCGAGCCAACGCCUCAAAUUCCUUCGAGUUUGAGCUCUCAAUCGAGCGAGCAGUUCUUCGAAUUUGAUUCCAAACCUCAAAUCCCCUCUCAAUCGAACAAUUUCUUCGAUUUCCAGGGGAUAACUGAGACUCCUUCAAGUUCAAGCCCUCAAUGGAACCGAAAGCCCUCACUGAAAAUCUCAUUGCCAAACAAAGUUGAGUGGAUCCAGUUCACAAACCCGAUUCCGGAACAGGAUCAAGCCCGGGAAGCGCGGAGGAGGUCGAGUAUUGAACAAAAAAGACAUUACAGAGGUGUCCGGCAGAGGCCUUGGGGCAAGUUCGCGGCGGAGAUACGAGACCCGAACAAGAGAGGAACUCGGAUUUGGCUCGGGACCUUCGACACGGCCAUUGAAGCCGCCAAAGCCUACGACCGAGCCGCGUUCAAGCUGCGCGGCUCGAAGGCAAUCCUCAACUUCCCGCUCGAAGCAGGGAGAUGUGAUGAAGGCGGGGAGAACAAACGGCCAAGGGAGGAGGACGGCGAGGAGAGAGCAGCUAAGAAGGUGGCAAAGACGGGGAAUGACGUCAUCAGGGGAAGGGAUGAGGAUGGGCCGCUGACGCCGUCAAAAUGGAUGGAAGUUUGGGAUGGUGACGUAAAAGGGUUAUUUAACGUACCUCUGUUGUCGCCGUUAUCGCCCCACCCGCCGUUAGGAUUUCCACAGUUGAUGGUUGUAUGAUGAAUUCGAAUUUGUUAUUGUUAUUUUUUUUUUUUGACUUUUCUUGACGUCAGACUGCCCGAAAAAGCGGAUGACGUGGAAUUUCCUUUUUCUUUUUUUUUUUUUUCCGGAGAGAAGAUGUGGAAUUUCUUAGAUUGUGAUUUGUGCAUAUUUUUUUUUAUAAAUUGAGAAAAUUAUUGCUGAUUUAUUUA